AUGUCGGACGCCAAGUCAGAGCAGCCAGAAUGGCAUCCAGCUUCCUGGCGAUCAAAACCCAUAAAGCAACUCGUCGAGUAUGAAGACCAGGCAGCACUCGACAAGUCCUUGCAGAAGCUGAAGACACUACCCCCGAUUGUCACACCCCAUGAGAUAUGGAAGCUGCGCAAAUCUCUCGAGCAGGUCGCUCUUGGGAAGGCGUUCCUCUUGCAAGGUGGCGACUGUGCAGAGCUAUUCGCAUACUGUCAAGACGAUAUGAUCGACUCAAAGAUCAAACUACUUCUUCAGAUGUCACUGGUUCUGAUAUGGGGAACGAACAAGCCUGUGGUACGCAUCGCUCGUAUGGCUGGCCAAUACGCCAAACCUCGCAGUUCACCAACGGAGAAAGUCGAGGGCAGAGAUGUGCCCAGCUUUCGAGGUGAUAUUCUGAAUGGAUACGACCUGAACCAGAGGGCCAUUGAUCCCAAUCGCCUCGUUCAAGCAUACUUCCACUCGGUAGCUACGUACAACUAUUUGCGUGCACAGCUGUCUUCCGGAAUCGCUGAUCUACACAAUCCACUCGACUGGGGCCUUGGACACGUCGAGGACCCCGUAGUGCAGAAGAAGUACACCACAAUUGUCAAUAGUAUCAGAGAGAGCUUGAACUUCAUGAAAACCAUCGGAGCCGACACCUCAGGACAAUUAGAAACCGUCGACCUCUUCACGAGCCACGAGGGACUCUCUCUCCCAUAUGAGGAAAGCCUCACACGUAAACUCCGACAUCCCGCAAAUAGAAGCGUUCCGAACACUGCCAGCGAUGCAAAACCGGACAAUGGCAGUGGUGAGUCAAAGGCCACGACAGGCUACUACAAUACGAGCGCACACUUUAUAUGGGUUGGCGAUCGCACACGGCAACCAGACCAUGCCCAUAUCGAGUAUCUGCGUGGAAUCGAAAACCCGAUAGGAAUCAAAGUCGGACCAACAACCUCAGCGGAAGACCUCCUCCAACUGCUUGACCUGAUCAACCCGCGGAGGGAGGUUGGUAAAAUCACAUUGAUCACUCGAUAUGGAAAAGACAAGGUAGAGGAGUUGCUACCUCGACACAUCGAGGUUGUCCGCAAGAGCGGCCACAUUGUUGUAUGGCAAUGCGACCCGAUGCACGGAAACACCAGAUCUACCUCUGACGGUAUCAAGACCCGAUCCUUUGCGGCGAUCUUUGCCGAAUUGAGUGCCGCGAUCAAGAUACAUCACCGAUGCCAAUCCGUACUCGGAGGCGUUCAUCUUGAGUUGACAGGAGAUGCUGUGACCGAAUGUACCGGAGGCAGUCAAGGGAUCCAGGACGCUGACUUGAGCGAGCGAUAUGAAACGUUCUGCGACCCACGGCUGAAUGAGAAGCAGGCGCUCGAACUAGCGUUCCUCGUGGCAGGAGAGCAUCGUGGCGGGAAUACGGUCCCCUAG